AUGUUCAUAACAUUGGAACAACCUUUAUUGACAAAAAAAUAACCAGAAACAAGAAGAAUAAGUAAGAAUGUUCAAAUGCAAACUUUUAAUUAUACUCAAUAGGAUGAAAAUGUAUCAUAACUUGAAGAUGUACCAAUAACAACAAAGAAAUUCUUACGAUAUACAAAUGGAAUUGAAGCAUAUUUAAAUACAUUCCCUUCUUUUAAUCCUGAUCACUGGGCAAUAUUUUCUUGGCGUUUAUUUAUUUGUUUUAUGGUGAUAAUUUAUUUUUACUUAAUACCUGUCUUUAUGUUUUUUGGAUAUGAAGUAUUUAUUUAUUUUAUUAGAUUAUUUCAGAGAAUUUGCGUAUUGAAAAUAUAGCUGUAUAUUUAUAUAUAAUGAUAUUUUUUUUGAUGAUUGAUGUCUUUAUUACUUUAAAUACAGGAUAUUAUGAUAAGGGAUAGAUAGUAUUGGAUAAACAUAGCAUUUUUGUAAGGUAUGUUACUUAAGAAUUUCUAUUUGAUAUAAUAGCAAUAGUAUCAUUAAUUUUAUAAGUAUCAUUUCGAGAUCAUUAUGCUUUUUUAAUUUGGAUUCCAUAUUUCUUUUACUUUAAAUAUUAUUAUGUCACUUUGGUUGAUUCUUAAGUUGAAUAAUUAUUAUAAGUGUAAAGAAAACUGAGAGCAUUUUAUUAGAUAUUAAAAUUAAUAUUGACAAUUUUAUUUUUAGUUAACUUAUUUGCUUGUUUAUUUUAUGCAGCAGGAGAUUAUUGGGUUAAUUAAAGAUAAGAUUAUGGAUCAUGGCUUAUAUCAUCUAGUUUAUAAAAUGAUAUUUAUUCAUUACCUAUAGCAGUUAAAUAUGAAUAUUCAGUUUAUUGGGCUUUAACUACAAUGUUAACUGUUGGUUAUGGUGAUGUUACAGGUAAAAAUCCAUUAGAAAUAUUUGUAUCAAUAAUAACAAUGAUUUUUGCUUGUGUUAUUUUUGCUAUGAUUGUUAGUGCUUUUUAGAAUGUAUUUUCUGAAAUCACUCAUCACAAUAUGUAAUUUGAUAAAAAGAUGACUGAUAUUAAUAGAUUUAUGAAAGAUAAAAAUGUAAUAUAAUAAUUAUAAAAAUAUAGAUUGAUUUAGAAACCUAAUAAAAAGUAAGAAGAUUCUUUAGUUUUAUGUUUAGUGAAAAAGUGAGAGAUUUUAAUGAAUAGAUAUCAAUAAUUAAUUAAUUGGGACCAUAAUUAAAAGAUGAAGUAAUAAUGUAAUCUUAUGGUUUGAUUUUUAAAAGAACAUUUUGGACCAGUUAAUUUUCUUUAGAGUAUUUAUUAUUAAUUUAAUUAUUUAAAAGUUUUCAAAAGAAAAUUGCCUAUCUUAUUAGUGAAUAGAUGUAUUGUGAUGGAGAAAUGGUGUUUAAAUAAAAUCUAUGUAGUUUAAAUGGGAAUAAUGAUGAUGAUUGUCUUUAUUGUGUAAGCAUAGGACAUAUACAAUUGUAUCUAUAAUUUGAAGAUUAAGAUAUGGUUUUUUAUGAAGCAGGAUAAGAUUCAAUGUUUGGAGAAUUAGGAUUCUUAACAGGGAAUUCAAGAAGUUUAUCAGCAAAGAGUACAACUAUUUCUUAAUUAUAUAAAUUAAAAAGAUUGGAAUUUAUUUAAUUAUUAUAAUAAUUUCCACUUGAUUUUCAAUACUUUUGUUAACUUAGAGAUUAAAUCUUAUUUGGAUAAUACAAUUUAAUUAAUCUCAGUUGUUUUUGUUGUUAGUCUAGUAACCACUUAGCUAAUGAUUGUCCAAAGUCACAUUAUUAUCCUAAUAAAAUAUUCUUAAUUAAUAGAAUUAUGAAUAAUUAAUAAGAAAGAAAAUCAUUUAAAAGAAAUAAUGUACGUUAAGAUAAUUUAAAUUUAAGAAAGAUAUAAAAAGCUUAGUAAUAAGUUAAAUAAGAAUUGUCUUUUGCAUAUGAUUAAGAAGAAAUUGAUUAAUUAAGUAAAUCUUUUAGUGUUGAUUUUCUACAUGAUACUUAAAGUUAAAUUAGUGAAUAAGAUAUCAAUCAUGAAUUUGAUAUUGUUAAUGAAAUUGUUAAUAGAUUAGAAUAAAAAAAGAAAUAAGCACUUAUUGAAAUAGACACUAAAUGUUCCUUUAAGAAUUAUUAUCCAAAAUAUAAUGCAGAAUAUAUCAUCUAGCAUUUAAAGAAAGAGAGAAGAUUCACUAGAACAUUUACUAGAUUUAUUUGA